AUGCAGACACUUGCAGUCUGUCUCCAAGUCUGUUUUAGUUUUAAGGGAUCAAUCGUGAUCGUGGGGACUUUGCUUUUGAGGACAUUUCCGGCCCGUGGCAGAGAUGGCUUCCCGGACCUUGAUCCUUGUUUUGGCAUGGACCACCUCCGUUUUAGGGGCCGAGUGGUCUUACAAAGGGAAACAUGGGCCCGGUCACUGGGGAGGGGUUUGCAACACGGGCAAAUCCCAAUCCCCCAUCGACUUUGCUGAGCCAGAGUUCGUGGAACUGGAACCGUUUGCGUUCACCCAUUAUGAACGAGAGCCUUUGGCUGUGACUCUCUCCAACAACGGGCAUUCGGCCAAGAUUGAGUAUUCUUUAAAUGAGGCUCGAGAACCCAUCAUCAGUGGGGGAGGUCUCCCGGGAAUCAAGUUUGGAUUUGCUCAAGCCCAUUUCCAUUGGGGUGGAGGAUCAGAACGGGGUUCUGAGCACACUAUCAUGGGACGAUCGUAUCCAUUGGAACUCCAUUUGGUUCACUAUAACAAAAAGUAUGAAAGUUUAAUGGAUGCUUUGCCCCAUUGGGACGGUUUGGCCGUCCUUGGCGUUAUGUUUAGAGUGUCUGACCAGCCCAACCCUGACAUUGAAGACAUUCUAGAGGCGGCAUCCAUCAUCAAGACCCCUGGCACCUCUAAAAGUGUGCCCAAGAUCUCUCCUUUGGAUAUCUAUUUGCCAAAUAACACGGUCGAUUUUUUCCGCUACAACGGCUCGUUGACCACUCCACCUUGCUCAGAAUCGGUCACCUGGACCGUGUUCACAGAGCCUUUGAACAUUUCGGAGCAACAAUUGGAUCAGUUCCGAUACUUGAAGGACGCUGAAGGCUUCUCGAUGAAGGACAACUUCAGGCCCGUACAGCCCAUCAACGAGAGGCGCCUUCUCACGACCAAGGUGAACUAUCGAGGACAAGAUGUGGCCCCCAAGGUCCUGGAACGAGCCCGUUACGAUGUGUACCAUGAGGAACCCGAAGAAGUGGAUCACUUCUUCCUGCUCAUUAUGAGCAUCAUCAUCUUCUUUAUGCAAUGUGGAUUCGCUUUCAUGGAAGCGGGAGCUGUCCGAUCUAAAAAUACGGUGAAUAUUCUUAUUAAGAAUUGGCUGGACAUGUGUAUCGGAGCUCUGGUCUAUUGGGCCGUUGGUUUUGCCCUGACGUUCGGAGAAUCUCGACCCGGAUUGGCCAGAUUCAUGGGCACCUCCUAUUUUUUCUUCUUCGAUAUGCCAGCGUACAAGUUGUCCAAGUGGUUCUUCCAAUUCGUGUUUGCCGCCACUGCCGCCACUUUGGUCUCCGGAUCAUUGGCCGAACGAUGCAACUUCUAUGCCUACAUCGUGUACAGCAUUAUGAUCACCGGGUUCAUCUAUCCUAUGAUCGCCCAUUGGACCUGGCAUCGGGAAGGGUGGCUGCGGAUUCAUGGAUAUCAUGAUUUCGCCGGUAGUGGAGUAGUCCAUUUGACGGGAGCCGUCUGCGCGUUAGUUGGAUGCAUUCUAAUGGGACCGAGAAUUGGUCGAUUCGACAAGGAUGGCAAACCCGUUCCAAUGCCUGGCCAUUCCGUUCCCCUGGCAGCUUUAGGUGGGCUCAUUCUGGUGUUUGGAUUUUUCGCUUGCAAUGGCACAAAACAGGGAAGUAUUUCUCAUCCUGGGGAUGGAGUGGCCAUUGCCACAUCGAUCGUGAACACCGCCCUGGGAACUUCAGCAGCUGGCCUCUGCACUCUCAUUUUCUGUAAAACUGGAAUCGUACCCGGAACUGGACACACCUACAGCUUCCUCCUCACCAUGAACGGAUCACUCACAGGAACCGUGGCCUUGUGUGCCGGUUGCAACGUCUACCAGUCCUGGGCUGCAGUGGUGGUGGGCGCCAGUUGUGGUCCGCUCUUUCUGUAUUCCCGGUAUUUCCUUCUCAGCAUGACCAUAGACGAUCCUCUGGACGCCAUCCCUGUCCACGGCAUUGGCGGUCUUUGGGGGGUCAUUGCCGUCCACAUCUUUAAGGCUGACGGCCUCAUCAUGACCGGAUCCAGUGAGGCAGCCAUUGGAUUGGGAUGGAACCUUAUAGGUCUGGCCACCAUCAUCGUUUGGACCGGUGUGAUGUGCUUUGUGAUGUUCUACAUCUUGAAGAAGAACCAAAUGCUCCGGGUUGAAACCGAGCACGAGUUCAAGGGUAUGGACUUACUAAAACACGGAGAAUCAGCUUAUCCUGCUGAUGCUUGGGUAGAAGCCCAAUAUAUGAAGGAUGGAGGAGUCGAGGAAAUGUUUCUAGUGAGUCUUACCUCAGUGCCCAAUGGGAACGACGAUGCCGUCGAGCCAGUAACCAAGGACAACAGUCGCGAUGGUUUGCCACCCAAUAUGAAAUUUUCGCGUGCUGCCUCGUACAACAACCCCCAUGAGAUGUUCCCUUCGGCAUCAAAGCUGUUUUCGGGCAUGAACAGUGUUGCCGGAAACGUCACCAUUCAGAAGAAUUCGCCCAAAAAUCCGAGAUCUAUCAGUGUGUCUGGAGCUAAUCCGCUUUCCACUUUAGGAGAAGAAGACGAAACUGAGACAGGAACUGCUGAGGAGAAGGCAUCCCUGAAGUGAAAUCCCCCAUUGGAUUGGAAUGACAGAAUGAAUUCUGAAUGCCGCCCAGACUUUCAAGCAUCAAAUUUUCCGUAACUUACGUUUUCCAUGGACACUACGUCAAACCCCACGCUCAAAGAAUUAUCAACCUCUAUGAACGAGUAGAAUCAAAAAUGUAAGAUUAAGUAUCCAACUAACCGAAUAAUACUGCAAUCGCAAUGGCCGAAGUAGACAACGAGGAAAGUAUCUUUUGGCUAAAUGAAAUAGUUACGAUUUCACCCAUCACAAAUAUAUUUGCCGCACUAUUAUAAAGAGACUUGCUCCACUUCGAUGUACCUAAGUAUUUAGUUGCAUAUCUUUCAUACAUAGAACAUGUCAUAAUACCUAUUAUAUAGUUUUGGAAUAAAGAAUGCAUCUAUUGAAAA